AUGGCAAAAUUUCAAAGGGUUAAAACAAUUUUUGCAACAGUUCUAGACAUAAUUUUGGGUAUUACGAUAUUUCUUUGCCCAUCUCUUGCGAUAGCAAAAUUUGAACUUUUUAGACAAAGUGGCGGGCAACUUCGGUUUAAUUCUGUUAUCGAAAAUGGGUAUAUCAUUAUUUCACUCAUAUUACCCUGUAUAAUAAUAUUGGUAGUUACUGGUAAUUGUAACUGGGGAAUUAGAACACCACCAGACAGUCUGAAAAUAAUUUUGAUCAUUUGGCCAAUACUUUGGUUAGGAAUCUCAACCGCAUAUACGAUUCUAACAAUCAACGAAAUGGGAGAUAUUCCAUUUACAUGUCCAGAUGAUUAUAAUUACAGUUCAUCGAUAAUCAAAACAGCAUGUCAAAUUCGUUUAGUAAAUUUAAUUUCAAUGUGGGCACUUGCUGUAAUUUCAAUAAUUUUUGUUUUAGCAGUUUUUACUAAUAUGUUACCUGAACCUAAAGAUAGAAUUCAAGCCGGUAAAGGAAACGUACCACAAAGAUUUAGGAAAGACGAAAAGGAGGUUGAUGAAGAACGAAUUGCAAUAUUAUAA